UGCGCGCUUUAGAUUCAAAUAUGCGCUGACGUAUAUUUUCAAUUGAAAAUAAAUAUAUUUUUUUUAAUAUAAUUGACUAUAAUUUAUCAGUAUUAAUUAAUGUUAUGUUUACAAAAUAAUGGACAAUGAAAAUCCAGUAAUUUAUGGUCUAGAAUUUCAGGCCCGAGCUUUAUCAGCACAAAAUGCAGAAACUGAUGUCGUCAGAUUUCUUGUUGGUACUCAGUCGCUUAAACUGUCAAACAAUCAAAUUCAUCUUGUUGAGUUCAAUGACGAGACAAAUAAAUUGAAAACACAAAUAUAUAAUCAUGAUAUCGGGGAAAUAUGGUCAUUACAUUCAUCACCUACAGAUCCAAGUUUUUUUAUUACUUCUUACAAUACAAUAAAUGAUCAAGGAAUGUGUGUAAUGAAAGGUGCACUUUGGAAACUACCUGACGAACAAAAUUAUACAAAUGACGUUGAAGAUUUAGUUAAAAUAUUUGAUAUUGACACAACAAUACACGGAAAUGAUUUAAAGACAAUAAUUUACCAUCCAAUGGAAGGUUCUAAAGCUGUUGCUGUUGUUGACAAUAAUUUUGUUUUAUGGGAUUUAGCUGAAUCGUUAAAGCCAUCAACAAUUGGUACAUUGUCUACAAAAGGACAGCCUCGUUUUACAACCGGCAAGUGGAAUCCUCACAAUGGUUGCAACCAGUUUGUGACAUUGAAUGAUAAUAAUGUACGUGGAUGGGAUUUUCGUACGCCAACUGAAGAAGCAUGGACAAUAUUAAAUGCCCAUUCCCAAAUAGUCAGAGACCUGGACUUUAAUGUUAACAAACAAUAUAUUUUGUCAACUUGCGGCGACGAUGGUUACAUGAAAUUCUGGGACAUACGGAGCACCACAGAGCCAAUUAUUUCCCGAAUGGAACAUUCCCACUGGGUAUGGAAUAUUAGGAUCAAUAAAUUUCAUGACCAGUUGGUUCUUACUUCGAGCAGUGACUCAAGAGUCAUUUUGUCUAGUAUUCCGUCAGUGUCUUCAGAACCUUUUGGUCCAAUUGGUCAUGACGAAGACUCGAUUGAUGAAUCUGUCAAUCGUAAUAAACUUGAUGACGGUGUCAUUGGUAAAUUUGAAGAACAUGAAGACAGUGUUUAUGCUGUUGAAUGGUCAUCAGCAGAUCCAUGGACAUUCGCAUCAUUAAGUUACGAUGGGAGGCUUGUUAUCAAUAAAGUACCGCGUAAAUAUAAAUAUAAAAUAUUAUUAUAAAAUAAAAAUAAAA